UUAUUAUAUUGAUGUGAAACAUCUAUUUUAUUUUAGUGAAGUUUAACUUCUUGCUUAAUGUGCAUGUACACAUUGAUUGUCUCCUAAAAAACGACAAUUUUUCGAGGUUUAUACGUGCUUUUAAUAAUAAAUUUUGUUUUUUACAAUCAAAAAUAAAAAUUACUUCGAAUCUAUUUGAAAUAUUUCUUGAAGAAAUUAUUAUUAUCUUUAAAAAACAAUUCUAACGCGAUAAGAUUGAGUAGUAAUAAUUGAAAGGUUAGAAUGGCAGCGGCUAUGUUCCAGCAAGUGGGGGGCGAGGCGUUUGUGUCACGUUCACGAGUGUUCUUGUCAGCAGUAAGGUUGCAGACUACUCUCGGAGCAAAGAAACAAAAAAUGCCAAAAUUAAGUGUCGAAGAUAGACAAAAGGACUUGGCUCCUUUGCUCACUAAUGGAUGGGCUGUACAAGAUAAAAGAGAUGCUCUGUGUAAAGAAUUUAUCUUUAAAAACUUUAAUGAGGCUUUCGGAUUCAUGACAAGAAUCGCUCUGCAGGCUGAAAAAAUGGAUCACCAUCCCGAGUGGUUCAACGUUUACAACAAAGUGAACAUCACGCUAUCUUCUCACGAUGUUAAUGGUUUAUCCCAAAGAGAUGUAAAACUCGCAACUUUUAUUGAUAAUGCAGCAAAAUCUGCUAAAGAGCAAUAAACGAUAUCAUUACUUACUUAGAUAUGAUUCAACAAUCGUUUAUUUUGGCUUAUUAAGAACGAGGAAAAGUCACAAUGAUCGAUUGUGAAGCAGGAAGCUGUACAAACACAACAAUAUUAUUAUCAAAAAAAGGAAAAUUUAUGUUCAAUUAUAAACAAAAAUAAAUAAAAAUAUAUGACGUUAUAAAAUUAAUGUUAAUAUAAUAAUACAGAAAUUAUUUGCAAAAUUUAUGACUUUUAACUUUAUUCUGAGAUUUGUAAUACCUGAUCGCAUUUCUGACCUUAUUUAAUGAAAUUCCAAUAGCGAUGUGCUCGUAAACUUGGCUUGGCCUAGUUAUGCGAAAUUGUAAUAAUGCUCUGAAAAAAUUAAUCA